AUGUCCCAUAAUAUGCAAAAAGAAUUUCUAAAAUUGGGAGAAGCUGAUAUGUGCACCAGAUCAAGGUUCCAUCCAACAACCGAAAAUUACAUAAUUCGUUGCCAAAUUGACCACUAUCUAUAGUUCAACUACUUUUCUCAACUUGUUUUCUCAUCGUUUCAAACAUUAAUGGAUGAAUAUGAAUGACAUGUUGACAUCGUAUGCCUACUUCUUCGAUACAUAUAAAAGAAUGAGGAGAAAAAUUGAUAAUCAGUAUCGAUAGCUCAUACCUAAGCAAAGCAUCUGAUAAAAAUCACCAUGAAGUUCUUGAUUGUCGUUGCCGCUAUUUUGGGUGCCUCCAUGGCCGGAGUACCAGAGAAUAGAGGGAAACGUGGUUUGGUGAGCAGCUUAGGGUAUGGCUAUGAUUCUUCUCUUGGCCUUUCUGCCCUUCAUCUACCCCUGUCAUCGUCAGUUCUAUCAGCACCAACUGUGAUUGGGUCUCACUUGCCCUACACUUCAUCAGUGCUGUCAGCUCCUGCCAUCUCCACUUUAUCAGCUCCAACUGUCAUCAAAACUGUACACUCAGCUCCAAUUGUCAAGACUGUGGUGUCCCAGCCUCAGAUUUUGAGCUACGCUUCCGCACCUUCCCUAGGAUUGGCUUCUUCAUUGGACCUUCACUCCCUUUCCUACGGCUCUUCAUUGCCCUCAGUCUACUCAUCUGGACUCCUCAAGAGCUACAACCUGGGAGGACUUCCAGUUACCAGCCACAUCAACGACCUCCACGCUUGGUAGAUGGAGUGAAGAACAGCCUUAAUUUUUUUUUCGUUUGUUGAUAACAAUAAUUUGAAAAUAUAUUAUUUUUGACAAUACA